CGUUAUUUUCCUAUUUUCCCUCGAACACUGCUCUUUGUCCUGCAACUUCUCCUUUUUAACGCAACACAGACUGCGUAGCUGCAACCUUCUUCCUCGAGUUGGAGCAAAUCGCUUACGCUCAGCUACGCCCCGGAGAACGCAGUUGGUUCUUCUUCGUUUCACAGGGAUUCCGCUUCUUUCUGCUCUCAAGUUUUGCCGAACACUAAGGCCUUUGUUCCAUAGAUAGACGUUAUCCAAACCCAAGUUCCGUUCAACAACACAGCUCCUGCUGCGAUGGUUCAAGUAAAAUUGGGGAUUUCCUUCUCGUGAGUUUUGCAAUUCCCAAGCCGAAUUGAUCUGAUAUAAAUGGCAGUCCCCUUUCUUGCCAAUUGAAUUGCUAGUAUCGAUAUCAACGCUGUCGUUGCAAGCCAGAAGAAAUAUUUCCAGCGAAGACAGUGUCGGAUAAUCGAUAAUCCCGAGCCAAUGUCGACCCGCCAAAUCGGGCAGCCGAGUGUGGCUGGUGACUCGUCCACAUCCAGUAAGUUUUUCCGGGCGAGUAUGUGCCCCGACGCCACGCUUUCUGUGGCGCAGCGAGCCGCCGCCAUCGAGCAACUUAUCAACCGCAGUGAGAGCAAAGAGACGACGAUCCGGGCUAAAAGGGACCGUGAGAAGCUGCGGGAUGCGGUGGCUCGGAAUGAAACUUCUUUGACGAGUAACGCCGAUGCUGAGGUGGAGGAUAUAUUAUUGCCCAAUGCCUCGUCGAUUGAUCCUAAAACUCCGCCGCCGCCGCCGCCGCAGUCGUUGACCCCUGAUACUGGGCCUAACCAACCUGCUAUUCUUACAUCCGUUGUUGCUAUAACUAACCAAGCCGCAACCUCCUCCACUACAUUGCCAGUUCACACUCCAUACUCCUCUCUACCGAGAUCUACGCUGUCACGAUUUGCUACCAUUUCGACUGCGAAACGUCGACCGAGUCCACCCUGUGAACCACCCCCCACAACUGAGGCCUCGGGCUCCAGCUUUGUUUCCUCCGUCCUUGCAUUCGCAAAUGCGCCAUUCCUUACAGACACCAAACCUAUAACCAAUUCAAAGCCAUAUACACCUGCCUUAUUACCUCCAAAUCUUGAACCUGUUUCCUCUGCGGUGCUUAGUGCACCGGACAAACCCCCAACUCUCGGUCCAACGCAACACCUGCCCAAUAAUCCCAACAUGGCGCCUCAGAAAGCGAAAGCAAUCGCAGAUGACAGUAAUAUGGACAGCGGGGUUGCUAUGCCCCGCCUAGAGGAUUUACUACGCCAUCCGGAAGAUCUAGAUAAAAUUCCGGCAUUGAAGGCUGAAUAUUCACUUAAAAAGGCGGCUGUGGAUGCACAGCUUCGGGAAGGAUUAAGGGAUCAACUUGAAACCGUGCAACGAAGCAUAAGCCAGCUGACCGAGGGCCAACGGCAUGUUUUGAAAACCAGGGACGAACUACAGGGCAUAGAUAAAUUAUGUGCGGAGUCUCAAGGUACCGUUGGGGAUUUCUCGCAAAUCGACAAGUUGGCAAGGAUACAGCGGAAUUUUGAAGCGACGAUAAUGAUGAAGAAGGGCCUGGAGAGCUUCCAUAACGAUCUCUCCGAAGUCGAACGUCUAUUAAGAGAAGAUGACCAAGACCUUGAAAAUCAGCCGAAUUUGCUCCGUGCUCAUAUGGCUAUCACCAGGUUGAGGGAUUUCAGAGAUGAAGCUAUGGAUCAGAUACGAAAAGCGGGGGAUAGGAGCAACGAAACGACUUUAAUUGAAUGGUUUCAGGGCCUUGAUUCUGUGAUAGAAUGGUUCGAUGACCACAUUGGAACUGCCAUUAUGAACCUCAUCCCACUGGUACAGACGGAGAACCGGAGUAUGGUAGUCCGGCUGGCCCUGGUUGUUAUGACCGAGGAGAAAAACGACGCCAAGGUUCGUGCUUUGCAGGAAGCUCAAAAGGACCACAAGGCUCUAGCUAGCCGGUUCAAGUCAAUGAAUAUUGGUCCCAAGACCGUCAGGGGCUAUAAAGAGAACUUCCUCAAGAGUAUCGAACUUUAUGCGCAGAAUCAGUUUGAGAAGUCCAAGGAGACUUUCCUAGAUGAUCCAGAGAAGCUAGAGAAGAGCUUUAAGUGGUUUUUUAAUGAUUUAUUUACCGUGAAGGAGGGCAUGCAGUCUCUUAUGCCGAAGAAGUGGAAGAUAUACAAAGUCUACACAAAUAUCUAUCACCGCAUGAUGCAUGAUUGGCUCCUCAAGUUCGUUGAUGAUCCUGAACUCCCCACGGCGAAUAUGCUCGCCAUCAUACACUGGUCUGAGAAGUACUAUAAGAAAAUGGCAAAGCUCGGUUGGAAACAAUCGGACCUUGUUCCCAACGUCCUUGAUGACCGUGAGGGCGAACUUGUCCGAGAUUGGCGGAACCUCAUCAUCAAAACUUUGGACGAAUGGAUGGAUCGAAUGUUUGUGACUGACAAGAAAUCCUUCCUUGAGCGAGAUACCGCCGCGUUGGAUACCAAUCCAGACGGAUACUUCCGUACCAAGACCCUCGGAGAUAUGUGGCGCAUGAUUCACGAGCAACUUAUGGCUGCGAGCUAUUCUGAUCGAACAGAUGUGACGGAGGGAGUAAUAGAUGCCAUGUUCCGCGCUCUGAAAACUCGGCAAACAACCUGGCAAACCGUCCUUGACGAAGAAUGCGCACGGUACAAAAAUCCCAGUACAGACCAGUCCGAAGGUCUACAGCAACUUCAAGACUGGCUCAUCGCAGUUGCCAACGACCAAAUUGCCUGCAUCGACGACAAUGACGAAGCCUCGGGUCAACUGGGCUAUCUAACACGCUUCGGUCGCGACUUCGAACCGCUCGUCACACCAAAGUACCUCACAUCCCGCGCGGCCAUGGAGCUCGACAGCCUGCGCGAUGGCUAUGUCGACCUCAGCACUCAUUGCAUAACGCUCUUCAUCGAGCUCAUAUUCACCGUCGACUUCCGCACCACGCUACCCGACUUCUUCACGCAGAAAUGGUACGGCGAGUUUGCUAUCAAGCGCAUGACCUCUACUUUUGAAGACUACAUGUCCGACUAUAGCACCGUGCUGCACCCGAGUCUCACGGAUAUUCUCAUUGAGGAACUCUCCGAUGAGCUGCUGGUGCGCUACCUGUCAGCCAUCCGCAACAAGGGAGCCAAGUUCCGCCGCCAAGACCCCUUCACGGAUAAGUUUAAAGACGACAUCUUGACCGUCUUUGCGUUCUUCCAGAAAUUCCCGGAUGCGUUUGCUGCUACAAUUAAGGAUCGGUGGCGGGUAGUCGAUUGGCUUGUUAGGCUCCUGGAGGCGGAGAAGGCGGCAGGCGUUGUCGCGGUCUAUGAGACUUUUAAGACUGAAUAUUGGGACUUGCAGCUGUCGUGGGUUGAAGCGGUGUUAAGAAGUCGAGAUGAUUUUGAGAGGUCUAUGGUCAGUGCUGUGAAGGCUAAGGCUGCGGAAUUAUUUGUGGAGCGCGGGGUGGAAACGAUUAUGGGCAAAGUACGAUGAUCUUUUUUUGUGUCCACUGCUGGGAAAGACUGCCCAUUUUUAUUGCUUUUAUCAUUUAUCAUUUUUAUUCUUUUUACUUCUUGUUAUCCUUUCAAAGGGGCAAAAUGGUGGCCCUAUUCCGUUGCACGGUGUAUAAAUUCCGUGGAAUCUUUUUUCCCUUCUUUUCUUUCGCAUUUUGUGUCUUCUAAAGCUAUCUUACGGUAUACCAACGGAUUGGAAUAGGCGCUCUAGGUUGCUUUUUAUUGACAAUGUUUUGUAGCCAUUUAUAAACAAUUGAUUCAUACAUAUAUAUUCUGGCUGAUACUCAGGUAUUCCAACUCAGCCCUGCUCCUCUACAUAUACGGACAUCUAACUUUUUCACAAAGCCUUUGGAAUAUUCCCACCACAUAUCAUCCCGUAGAACCAGAACCACACCGGCUAAGCUAAACUAACACCCCCAUCCUCCGAUCGGCACGCGUCUCCAUUAUCUCCGUCGCCAUCUCCAUCUCCAUCUCCCCUCAUCUGCGGCGCAAAUACCAAACUUCUCUCCCCGACACUGACAUAGGCCUCCCCCAACAAUGGCCCACCAUUCGCACCAUCAUCAGGCACCGGCUUCGCGCCCAUCUCGCAGAUACAAACACGAUCAAUGGGAAUAUCCUUCGCCCAGACAAAAGGCGCUUUUCUCUCUUUCUGCACCUUCGGGGGUACAUAAUCGCCAAAUUUCACCAGAAGCGGCCGUGCGUCGAACUUGAGCGUUUCCUUGCGUUUCGCACCUCGCUGCUUGCGCCGGGGUAGAUAGACCGUAUUUGCAAUCGUGGCGUGCAGAAGGAGCGGACGUGGUUUUACCCGUUUUCCAUCCGACGAUGCUGCUGUUGCUUCUCCUUGAAUUGGCAACGAGGCUGCGCCGACAUUACCGCUAUUAUCAUUAUUGCCCCCAUGGUCUCCCGUGGAACCCUGAGAAUCCGAUCCGCCACCCGCAUUGUCCUUACCGGUGAGCUCACUGGCUUUGUUCUUGGAUCUAGGAGAGCGCUUGAUCGUCUCCUGCUGUAUAAAACCCGCCUCAAUAAACUUAUUCCGCAAACUGACGCAUAAUGGGUACAGACGAGACGUGCUGUCAACGGGCUUGGCGUGAAGAAUGGUGGCAGCUUUGGCCUUGGGAAGGGCAUGUAGAGAUAUUAGAUUAAUAAAAAGCGGUUGCGGUGCUGAACCAACAGCAGGAGUAUUAUUCGAUAUACUGUCCUCUCUCGUUGCUGCAGCCCUCGCCUGGAUCUCUGCUUCUCGCAACAUCGACUCAAGGUCCAAGGACUGAAGAAACGCCAGCGCUUCCUCUAGACGCUCCUUAGUAGGCAGACUCAUGACCCCAAGAGUCAGAUGCAGAGUGCCCAGCGGUCUCAGUGCUCCAUCAGGGAAAAGGGGUGUGUCAGGGAGCUGUGCCGAAGCUGCUACUCGGGCGGAGACAGGUGGGGGUACGAGUGGGAUGGAAUCUCGAAAUUCUGAUAGGGAGGAUACUAGCUGUGGAAUAGAGGUUGAGUUUACCAAGGGCAGGCAGAGGAAAUGGGUUAGCCGUGGCUUGCUGCCACCGCGCUUGCCAGCGGUGUUUUGGUUCUGCUGUGAUGGCCUGGCCCCGCACUGCGUGUUCGUGUUUGUGGAGGUCAUUGUUAUGCUGUGGGAAUGGAAGACGAAACAGCGGCUGGCGGGACUGGAGGGAGUGUGCAAGGUAUUCUUAAAGUUGGCAGAUAAGUAGAGUCUGCUCAUAUGCAUAGAUCGGGCGAACGAGUCUAUACAUGAAGGCGCAGUGUAAAGGCAAGCUCUGGAUGUCCACGAAUGGGGUGUUUAAGUUCUAUCGGGCGGCUUCCAAGGAUAAUAUUCAGAAGAAAUAGCAACGCAAAAGAGGCAGGGAGCACGUUCAAGCAGAUAUACAUAUGUACAUAUAUAUAUAUUCCUCGCGAGUUUAUAUGGAACUUGUCCUGGUUUAAGAUCUCAACUCAGUGCUCAUGUAACGGGUGGGAACUAUUGUACCAGGAAUGCCAUAAGAAUGAGGAAUUGAAGAUUUGGCUAUUUA